AUGGGUCGCGUGAUUCGUAACCAGAGAAAGGGUCACGGUGGUAUCUUCACCGCCACCACCCGCCUACGAAAGGCUCCGGCCAAGUUCCGCUCUCUCGACUUCGCUGAGCGCCACGGAUAUGUUCGAGGUGUAAUCAAGGAGAUCAUCCACGACCCCGGUCGUGGUGCUCCUCUCGCUCGUGUUGUCUUCCGAUCUCCCUACAAGUUCAAGCAGAUCACCGAGACCUUCAUCGCAAACGAGGGCAUGUACACCGGUCAAUUCAUCUACGCCGGCAAGAACGCCGCUCUUACCGUCGGAAACGUUCUACCUCUCUCCUCUAUGCCCGAAGGUACCGUUGUCUCCAACGUCGAGGAGAAGGUCGGUGACCGAGGAACCCUAGCCCGUACUUCCGGCAACUACAUCACCGUUGUCGGCCACAACCCUGACGAGGGCAAGACCCGUAUCAAGCUCCCCUCAGGCGCCAAGAAGGUCGUCAGCGGUAGCUCCCGAGGAAUGAUCGGUAUCGUUGCCGGUGGUGGCCGAACUGACAAGCCUCUCCUCAAGGCUUCGCGUGCUAAGCAUAAGUUCGCCGUCAAGCGCAACAGCUGGCCCAAGACUCGUGGUGUUGCCAUGAACCCCGUCGACCAUCCCCACGGUGGUGGUAACCAUCAACAUAUCGGUAAAGCCUCGACAAUCUCCCGAUACGCAGCACAAGGUCAAAAGGCGGGUCUCAUUGCGGCGAGACGGACGGGUCUGCUACGUGGUACCCAGAAGACGAAGGAGUAA